CAUUAAUCAAGCUUCGUUUGAUAUCGUCCUGAACAGAGCAAACAGGUGAAUCAUGAAGAGUCUCGCUUUUUUGGUGCUCCUCAUUGGAGUCUCCACUGCUUUUCCUGCUGUAAAUCGGCAUCACUCUUCAAGGCACAGCUCUGGCUCCGAUUCUGACGAGAUGCCCGGAAGGUUCCCUUUUCCUCCAAGAAGGGGCCCCUUUUCCAACCUGACACCAGACCAGCUCCUCAAGCUCUUUCUGGCUGCCAUCUUUCCUCCGCCAGCCACUACACAUGCCCCACCAUCUACCACAACAUCUACCACUACACCCUCAACUACCCCAACCACUACACCCUCAACUACCCCAACCACUACACCCUCAACUACCCCAACCACUACACCCUCAACUACCCCAACCACUACACCCUCAACUACCCUAACCACUACACCAUCAACAACCCCAACCACCCCAACUACAACCAGAAAGACUACCUAGUCAUUUAUUCACAGUCAUUGAAAAUAAAGAGAAGAGCCUGGGAAGAAGAGUGAGAUAUUUCUGACGAAAUUUGUCUCCUGACUCAGCGGACCUGCAUCGUCUGCGCUCGAUGUCUCCACCUCCUAGGACGGUGUUUCUAUGAUAUUCUGGGAUAUCCUCAGUCUGCUCUCUUCUCACGAAUGUUUG